UGGAGUAUCGCAAGUGUGAGUACGCGUGUGUCUUGCUGUCUGUGUGAAUGUGUAUAAUCAUGGGUGACAUCAGUGACCUGGACCGACAAAUCGAGCAGCUCCGACGGUGUGAGCUCAUCAAAGAAAAUGAAGUCAAAGCGCUUUGUGCUAAAGCCAGGGAAAUACUGGUAGAGGAGAGUAAUGUUCAGAGAGUGGAUUCCCCAGUGACAGUAUGCGGUGACAUUCACGGGCAGUUUUAUGACCUGAAGGAGUUAUUCAGGGUAGGGGGAGAUGUUCCAGAAACAAACUACCUUUUUAUGGGAGAUUUUGUCGACAGAGGGUUCUACAGUGUGGAGACCUUUCUGCUGCUCUUGGCGUUGAAGGUGCGAUACCCAGACAGAAUAACACUGAUCAGGGGGAACCACGAGUCCCGGCAGAUCACGCAGGUGUACGGUUUCUAUGACGAGUGUCUACGGAAGUACGGCUCCGUCACCGUCUGGCGAUACUGCACGGAGAUCUUCGACUACCUGUCGCUGUCGGCCAUCAUCGAUGGCAAGAUAUUUUGUGUGCAUGGAGGCCUCUCACCUUCCAUUCAAACUUUGGACCAGAUCAGAACUAUUGACAGGAAGCAAGAAGUGCCUCAUGAUGGGCCCAUGUGUGACCUGCUGUGGUCAGACCCAGAAGACACUACAGGCUGGGGAGUGAGUCCCAGAGGGGCGGGCUAUCUGUUUGGCAGUGACGUCGUUGCUCAGUUCAAUGCGGCGAAUGACAUCCACAUGAUCUGCAGAGCACAUCAGCUCGUCAUGGAGGGCUACAAGUGGCACUUCAAUGAGACAGUAUUAACCGUGUGGUCUGCACCCAACUACUGCUACAGGUGUGGUAAUGUGGCAGCCAUUCUGGAGCUAGAUGAGCAUCUGCAGAAAGAGUUCAUCAUAUUCGAAGCUGCCCCUCAGGAAACGAGAGGCAUCCCUUCCAAGAAGCCCGUGGCCGACUACUUCCUCUGACACGUCUCACUUCCGCCGAUAAAACAGGAGCAUUAUACGACCUCGCGCCUAUAGACACUCGUUCACUGUUUAUCUGCUUUUUAUGCUGCCCUGCUUUCCACUUUCUCGUGGGAAGAACAUCUCUGAAAUACAAUGGCUUCUUACCUCUUAUUUUCUAUGAAUUUCUCUCCCUCCCUCCCUCCCCUCACCUCCUCGUGCUUUUUUUUUCUGUCUAUCAGUAGAGUGUUACAUGUUACCUCACCUCUGUUUCAACUCUCCCUGA